GUUAUUCUAUGUGCAUUCAACUGUUAAGAAACAGUAGAAAUGUAUGAAGCUAUAUAAUUAUUUUCAAGGUUUUAUUAUUUUACAGACAAAGAAAUAAUAAUUUAAAUAUAAAAAUGAACUACAAGAAGUUCACAUAUCUCUUUUCUCCUUCUGAAUCAUUACUUGAAUCAAAUGCAAUUAAUAAUCUUCCUGAUAUGGAAGAAAAGACACACACAGAUAAUGUUGAAGAUAAUAAUGACGUUGAUUCUGAUGUAUUAUCACAUAGUGAUAUGAGCUGGGGAUCUAUACAUGAUAGAUAUGUGCCAUUUGAAGCUUCAUCUACUGAUUCAACAACUUCAACCAGUUCAACUACUUCUACAUUAAGUUCUGAUCUUUCAUUUUCAUUACUUCAUCAAGAACCAGUUACUACACAUGAAGACACAAUAAAAUGUGUAACUGAAAGUAGUUGGAGUAGUUAUGCUCUAAAUUCUAAUUUAUGGAAUGAUGAUAAUGCACCUGUUGUAAAAAUAAGACACCUUGAAGAGGUAUUAUUUGAUGAUUUAGAAUUGUGUGGCUUUUUUACAGACAGACUAAUAGGAACUGGAAAAUCAUUUCUGACUAGAUCUCCGGAAAAUGGUCUUUAUGUUCUGAGUAAAUGUAUUAUGAAGAAUAUGUCCCUUUCAAAUAUUACUAUGUUGUAUUAUCAUCGUUACUUGCAAUAUAUCGAUCUUGGAUUCAAUUAUAUCUCAAGUUUAUCUCCUUUGGGAGGAAUACCAUAUUUAAUGUAUUUGAAUGUGGCUCAUAACAGGAUGAAUACUAUUUUAAAUUUUACACCUCCUUGGUACUUAACAUAUGUAAAUUUAUCAUAUAAUUAUAUAUCAGAAAUGUGUGAUAUCAGUAACUUCUGGAGUAUUGUUCAUUUAGAUUUAUCGCACAAUGCAAUUGAAACUAUUUUUGGUUUGCAAAAUUUAAAGUAUUUGAAAUACUUAAAUUUAUCAUACAAUUUAAUUGAAUAUAUCGAGAACUUAGAUAAAUUAAAUAUUCAGGAACUAAAUUUAGAAGGUAAUUGCAUAAUAUCAUUUAAAUCUAUUAUACCUGAUCAAGGGAUAUACAUUUUACCCCAUUUGAGAGUAAUACGUUUAGGAUACAAUAAAAUAACUACUUUGGAGUUUUUUAAGGAUGCAUAUAGUUUACGUGUGAUAGACUUAAAAUUUAAUAGAAUUAAUGAUUUAUUGGAAUUAUCAAACCUCAAAGGUUUAAUACUUGAAAUAGAUCUUAGAGGCAAUGGUUGUACAAAAUGGCCUAAUUAUAAAAGUGUAAUUUUGUUUUCCAUACCAAGUAUACACACUAUUGAUGGUAAUCAUGUAUCUACUUCAGAAAAGAUUGCUGCUGCAAUUCUAUUUGUAUCACCAGUGGAAUUAACAGCUGCCCGUACUACUACAAAAUUAACUUUGUUAGAACAAUUAAGCACACCCAGAAUUGAUCUUCACGUUAAACCUUAUGAUGAAACAAGUCUACCUUUAAUAAUACUUACAGGUCCAUGUGCAGUGAAAAAAGUAUCCUUGGCAUUGCACAUUGCCCAAACAUUUCCAAACAAAAUCAAAUACUGUCGGUGGUAUACUACAAAACAACCAGAAAAUAGCGAUAUCGAAAAUCAAGCUUAUAUUUUUACAAACAGAGAAGAAUUUAAUGACAUGUCUCGUCGCGGUGAAUUUUUAGCAAUUCAAGAAAUGUUAGGGAACAGUUACGGAUUUCAUCACAAUCAGAUUAUUUCUUUGACACUGCAAAAUAAAAUUGGUAUUACACAAACUGACUUACAUGCAACCAUACAAAUGAGCAAACGGUACUCCAAUGUUAAACCCAUUCUUGUAUUAACGAAAAAUGAAGACGUUCAUCGUAAUUGGAUACAAGAAAAAUUUGAUAUUAAUACAUGGGUGAAAAGCAGUAAAGAAAAUUCUGUGUCUGCAAAAGCAGACAAAGACAAAGAAGAAAAUUUAUUAGAACCUGCAAACAGUACAUUAAAUUUUGUUGAAGAAAUUUUAAAUAAUAUUAUAGAAAAUCUUCAGUUACCUUCAAACAUUCUAUUUACAAUGCCAGAAUAUGACAGUGAAAUGACUGAAAUUAUAUUAAAAAGUAAAUCAUUAUUAUCUAAAAUAGGAAUGAUAGAAAUGGAAGAAAAGAAACGUAUUAAAUUUCAAGAAGAACAACUUGAUUACAUACAGACCGAUUUUGAUAAUUCUACUUUGAACGAGAAAGGAUUACGAGUCAUUUUAGAUGAACAAUCAAAUGUUAUAGUUGAAGACGAAAAGUUAAAACGUAAAAGGCAUCAAGCAAGACUUCUACAUCGCCGAAGUACAAUAUUGCAAGCAAUGAGAUCGUUUACAGAUCUCAGUGAAUCAAUAUCUAGUGAAGAAAUAUUAACAGAACCAUUCCCAGAAACAAAAGACCCAGAAUUUUUAAAAAAUAUAUACAUCGAUCUCGUAUUAAAAACGAGAAAUAUGUAUUCAAAUUAUCAUAUGGAUAAACCAGGAUUCUUUUCUUUAGUGCUACUAACAGAUCACUAUUUUAAAGCAUUUAAUACACUGAUUAAUUUUAUUUAUGACUUGUAUUCAAACCAUUCUAUUGAUAAAUCUAAAUUUUUGUCUGAACUUGAUCACUUUUCAACAGUUGCUAUACCAACAAUGGUUGACUCUGUUACUGAUGAGAUACAACAAUCUUUAUCAACAUCUGUAUUACAAAGAAAAACUUUAUUAAGAAUGUAUGGUGUUACUUCAUGGAAAGAAUUACUGCCAAGUCAAAUGUCAGCAACUUCAAUUAAAUCCGAUAAUUAGUUCAAAGAUUUGAUUUGUAUUACUACACCAAGUUUAAAAAAUAUAAUAGGAAUCGUUCAUGUAUAUGAUAAAAAAUAAAUUGAUUUUUUAAAA